AUGGAGGUACAUUCUCCUGUUGUGGCAAAGAGAUUAUGGAAUGUGAUGAGGGUAACCUUCUUCAUGAUAAGGAAGGGUCUUAUAUCAAAGAGGAACAUGAUCAUGGACAUGAACCUCAUGAUGAAGAAAGGGAAGGUGGUGAGAAAAUCUUUUAGCAAUCUCAUACCAUCACAUCACCACCACCACCACCAGAAGAACCCUAAGAGUGUGACAAGAGGAGGCUUAGGGGUGCAUUAUGAAUUCUCAUGCAGCAAUAGUCCAAACCCUGUUUUCUUCUCCAUGCCAAAGCGCAAGCACCAUUUCAACUUUCCCUGCAUCCAUGCCCCUGAAGUUGUCGAAGAUGAACAUCGUUUUUCAUUCGAAGUUGAAGGUGAGGUGCCUAAAGGUGUGGUAGUUCCCAAAACCCCAGAGUAUACGUACAACUUUUUUGUUCCUGGAGAAAAAAAGAGCCCUCUUCUCUCACCGUUUUCUGUGAGGGUGUCCAACUAUUCUGCAUUGGAUGAAACUGAAGAAGUUGGAAAUGAUCGUGUUGAUGAUCAGGCUGAGGAUUUCAUCAGAAGAUUCUAUGAACAGCUUAGGACACAAAGCCCCGUGCAGUUCCUCCGUUAA